CGUGAAAGGGUUGCUUUCGAGGGUAAACACGGAAGUAGUGCAAUUACGCACUACCUUUGCUAUGGAGUAAUAUAUAUUUGGAAGGGAGAUUGUCUUGCGUCACCUGCUUGUUAGGGAUGGCAGGAGGAUAUGGUGUAAUGGCUGAUGAUGAUACUAUUGAUUACUCUGUACACGAAGCAUGGAAUGAAGCUACCAAUGUCUAUUUGAUCGUGAUUCUGGUCAGCUUUGGACUCUUCAUGUAUGCUAGAAAGAAUAAAAGAAAAAUCAUGAGAAUUUUCACUGUGCCUCCAGCAGUUGGGGCUUCUUCAGAGCCAAUCUUCUAUGAUGAUAUGAAAACUGUUCGCUUACGUCAGCAGCUGGAAAUGUACUAUAUAUCUCGUAAACAUGAACAGCAGGAUCAAACUGAUAGUGUCCAGUUAACCGUGGAGUGAGACCAGCUGACCAGUUACUAUGCGCAAGCUUCAGUGGGAAACGUAGGAACCAUAAAAUAACUCCAACCCUAUCAUUGGACAUAACAUCCUGUCAUCAAGAUUUAGCUCUUCUUGCACAGAGAAUUGUUUUUGUUUUUAUUAGAACAUAAUAAUUUAAAUCAAAUGCCUCCCAAGUUGACCCCUUCUAAGGUAUAAUGUAUUCAAAGUUCCUCACAAACAAAUAUCCACAACCGAGGUCAAAUCAGUCUACUCUGUCUUUGGAUUUUAUUCGAUGUCUGGAAAAAAAAAGCAGAAAUGGCAGCAUUUAUUUUUAGCAAGUCAACCUGUGGCUCCUGUAAUGUUUAUAAAGAAAUUGCUCAUACUCAUAAUAUCAGGUAGGCUUUUAAUGUAUAUGAAUGAAGGUGUGUUUGCAACAAUUCAGAAGCAGCAUUGGCAGGAAGAAACAGGUUCUAGGAAGGAUUGUGUUUUUUUUUUUUUUAAAGAUUUUCAAUAGAAAAUUGCAUUAGUAACAUAAUUACUAAUGUUGAUCAUUUCUAUAAAGAAAUAAAUAAACAUAUUUUCUCUUUA